AUGGCACAACCAGCAACGACUUUUAGCAAAUCCCUCGCUGCGGUGUAUCCUCCAGACAGUAGUGAUUCCGCAGAUGAAACACAGUUCCAUUUCCACUUGGUGGAAUUUCAAGACAAGUUUGUUUUGAACAUAUCCAUCAACGGAAUUCUAGAUUCGACAUUCAAGCUCCCCGUCUCGACGAAACGCGCCAUCAACUAUGAGGCAAUGAUGGACUUGUACGGGGCGAAUGAGCCCGCCAUGGAUGAAAGCGAUUCCACAGCAUCAACAACAGCAGAGCCGCAAUUGCUCAUUGGCGACUAUGCAAAUAUGAAAAUUUCAAUCAUUGCUGGUCAGAUUUGUAAACUAAUCUCGCAGCAGAAACCAAAGGAAACCAUCUUGUCUAUUGGUUCUCGAUGGUUUGGAAAAGGGGACGAAGUAGGACCUGAUGAUUUUGCGAAACUCAUGUUUGUAAUAGAAAAUGUUAAAACGUUACUCUUGUAG